AUGAGGCUGCCCGGCCGGCACCUGACAAAAACAACAACCCGACCGGCAUCUCGAUUUUCGGUGACCCUGCCGCCGGCAGAGGAGGCAACAUCACGGACACCAGUGGAAGUCACGACCCCAAAGGAGAGCCCUAUCGGCCUUGGCGAUAGAGACGACAACAGAGCUGACGACGCGGCCUCCCUGAGCAAUGAGAAUGACAGCUCUGACGACGACAGAGACGGCGACUCCGACGAGGAGGACAGUAACAAUGAGUCCAUCCAGAUGGUCAACACUCCUACCCCUGCCCACGACAAAGCUGGCAGAAGCAACCGCCGCAGCAGGGCUGGCAAUUACCAUCGUUCCCUCGAGGAUACCAUCUCUACCCUCGACAAAGAGAUGGCUACCGCCCCCGACAAUGAGCUUCGCAAGGAGGUACUCGUUAUUUUUGACGAGUUCUUUAAGAAAAAAUCCAAGCAAGAGAAUAGUAACGCCUCAUUCGUCACGAAUGGCGUCGUCCGCGGUGUCAAGGAAGCCUGUCAGAGAGCCCGGGAUGCUAAGAUGACUGGCGUAUCGGGUUGGUCGGCAAAACUACCAUCUCACGCGCAGGUUCUGGCGGUAUGCAUGUUGCACAAGAACGGAUAUCUCGUUGAGUCUAUCGGCGGAUGCCUUGCUGAACUGCAGAGGUCAAGCCUAGCGCAAGUCAGGGACACCGGAUUCACUGGCGAGGCCACCAGCGGCACGCCUGCCAUUGAGACACUUCUCCAAUGGAAAGAGGGGGUUACUACCUGGCAAGGCAAGGUUAAAGCCAAAUUUGAGGACCUUGCCGCGACCCAUGAUAAGGCUAUCAACCAGCUUCACGUCAAGAUUAAGGCCAAAAGAGACAGCAACAUCGCUCAAAACGACAUGAUUAACCAGUUGCGCGGUGAACUUGCCGCCAAAGUUCAUCGCAAGGUCUCAAUUCCCGCCAAGCUUGCCGCGAAAUUCGAGGAGUUCAACGCGAUGUCCGACAAGCUUAACGCCAUUGACCACAAGACUAACAUGGAGAAUCGAAACGGCCACACCACUAACCCUGCCAACUCCCACGGCAAGGCUACCACCGGGGGCAGCAAGUCAGGCAGAAACGCAACUGGCAGUCGCAGCAACGGCAACCCUCGCCCGCCUAACGUUGAACCUCACGCCUUCAGCGCCGAGGGCGUCGCCAAAGCCCAGAAGGCCACCAACCCCUACGCCAAGGCCACCAAGAAACGCGACGCUCCUGGCGCCGCGACCGGCACCCCCACCAAGAAGGCGCACACCAACAAGGGCAAGGGAACAAACAGGCUGCCAGGGGAUAUGGAUCUGUGA